AUGGCUGCACUCUCCGGCCGUUACAUGGAGUUCCACCAGGUCCACGGGGCCAAUGUGAGGAUAGACUCUACAGGAACACAGGCCACCCGAGUGGAGAGCUUUGCAAACGGGGUCUGCUUCAGCAGACAGCCCCUGCUGCCUGGAGAGCUCUUCCUCGUGGAGAUCGAGGAGAAGGAGCUCGGCUGGUGUGGCAACUUGAGGGUUGGCCUGACCGGCAUCGACCCCCGGAGCAUGGCUGUGGUGCCAGAAUACUCCCUCCCAGACCUGGUUAGCCUGGGCGACAGCUGGAUAUUCGCUAUCACCCGGAACCACAACCGGGCCCCUCCGGGGGAAGGGGAGGAGGAAGAGGGGGUGACCAGCAGGUCGAAGGACUUCUUCACCGCCUCCCACCUGCAGAUCGGGAGCAUGCGCAUCCCCAUGGACAAGCUGGUUGGGCGCAGCCGGCCGGGGAGGUUCAGCCACAUCCUGGAUGACCUGUACAAGACCAACGCCUUGCCCCCCACAGCCCGCAGGAGCAGGAUCGGGGUGCUGUAUGUGCCCAGGUCCCCGGGCACCGCCGACAUGCACAUCGUGAUCAACGGAGAGGACAUGGGGCCCUGCUCCCGGGGGAUCCCCACACACCACCCGCUCUACGCUGUGGUGGACGUCUUCGCAGCCACCAAGAGCGUGAGGGUGAUCCAGCUGGAAUAUGGCUUUCCCUCCCUGCAGACUCUGUGCCGGCAGAUCAUUCAGAAGCACAUUGUGCACAGGACAGCCAUCGCCUGGCUCGAUCUGCCUCGGCUUCUCAAGCACAUCUGCAUGUAUGAGUGAAGAAGGGGGAGCGCUGUACU